AUGCCGCACGUCGAAGUCCUCCCCAAUUCUUCCGCCGCAGUCGCACCAGGCUGGACGUACAUCGUAGAUAGAGGCUACGAUCCCUCCAAAGUCGCCAUCAACCCAAAGAACAAAAAGCGCGCCGCAGCAGCACCCGGCGGUCCACGGGGCGAGAAUGAACUCUCGGCGCGACAGCAGACGGCGAUUGCGAGACGGAUAGCGGAGCUAGAGAGGGAUAAUGAUCCGAAGCAAGUCAUUAGUAUACCAGGGAAGCCGAGUAUACCAAAGACACAGAAUGCGAGGAGGAUUAUACAGUAUCAACGCCAGAUCAAGCAUUGGCUUGACGAUGAGGAAGCGCAAAUUGCGCAACAUCAACAAGCUCCUCCGCCACGCAGCGCAGCGGCACAAGCCCUCAGAAGGCAGAGUGCUUUCCCGUCUAUAGCGACGACACCUCGAGAAGCAACACCAGGGUCCUCCUCACUCGUCCCAACAACAUCCCAGUCUGCCUCCCGCCUAGACACCGCAUUCGGCGACGACGCUCUCCUCUCCAUCGACCGCUCAAUGCCGCCGCCGCUUAAUCCUGCUGAGCUCGAAGCUCUUCUCGCUGUCCCACCUCUAUCCUAUGCUGCGAGCCAUGCUGCCCCGCCACCCGCGGGCGGGCCGCCGCAACGACAGUUCUGUGAUAAUUGUGGCUACUGGGGAACGGUCAAGUGUCGGAAGUGCGGGGCCAGAGUAUGCGGUUUGGAGUGUAAGGAUGCACAUGAGGCUACAAGGUGCUUGAAGUGGGCAUGA